AUGGACACACAAGGUUCGUUUCUGACGGACCGCGCCGCCGCCGAGGACACCGUGCGAGCAACGGCUGCAGAUCACUAUCCGAUCAUUCCGCAUAUUGCGCAAGAUCCAGAUUCAAAACUUCAUCAGCAGCAGCAGCUGCAGCAGCUCUGGCAGCGGCGUAGCUGGCAUCUCGAUGCGCCACUCCGCCUUGAGUCGCUCCUCGCGGCUCGCAACAAUGACGCCUCCCCCGUCUUCGCCGCUGAAAUCACCACCAGCAUCGGCCACGCAGCCUCGCCUGCUACAACCCCGUCGCCGGCUGCAGCUGCUACAUCCCUGGCGUCAUCCGCAACGGCCUCGCGCGGAGCGUUCUCGUCCGCGGGUCCCGCGGGCGCUGCGGCGCAUCCUCCGCUUCCGACCACUUCGGCGUCGCGCCUGCAUCGGUCGAUGACGAGCGACCGGCUGCUCAUCAUGCAGCGACGAGGCGGAGGCGGUUCCGCGGCCAGCCCGGGGAACCCCGCAGCGCGGAACGCAAUGUUUGUCGGCAACAGAAGUAACAGCUGUGCCGUCAGCGGCAGCAGCGGCCGCGUUGUGUCCGGCGGGGAUCAGAGGCGGCCGCCCGAGGCUCCGCGGCAUGCACGUAGACACUCCGUUUCUCUUAUGGAGGUUCAGCGGUAUCACCAGCAGCGCGGAUCCGGUGGCGUUUCCCCGGCUUCAGCUGUGAUGCCAGCUCAUCACAUUCGGGAUACUAGCACCACCGCUCCUAGCAAGCCGGAGGCAGCAACUCAGUCAGCAGUUCAAGCAGCACCUGUGAUCCCCACCCACGGCCCCUCCUCCCACACACCGCCUCCUCAUGCAGCCGCUUCGUCCCGCCAUAUGUUCCGAAGCUCGUCAGUCCCGGGCAGAGACGUCCCCCUACCUGCUCCAGCUUAUCGCCAGCCGGAGCGCGCCAGCCCGAACCGCAACCCACCCAGCAGCACCGCAGUGGGGAGCCUGAGCCCAGUGGAUUGGACGCCGGAGCUUCACAGAAGGUUCGUGCAAGCGGUGGAGCAGCUAGGAGUGGACAAGGCGAUCCCUUCCCGCAUUCUCGAGCUCAUGGGCGUCAAGUCCCUCACUCGCCACAACAUCGCCAGCCAUCUCCAAAAGUACCGCUCGCACCGCCGCCAUCUCGCUGCGCGGGACGCGGAAGCCGCCAACUGGCACACCAACCGCGCACCCGCGGAUUCCGGCGCUUCCGCCGGCGCCUGGCCGGCUGGCGCUGCUGCUGCCGCUGCUGCUCCGGCGGGAACGCCUGGAGCAUCGGGAUCCACGUGGGGUCCCGGAGUCCCACCUGCGGGUGCGGCCGUUAGCGGUGGUGGUACUCCGGCAAAUGCGGUAGCAAAUGGCGUUCCCAAUGGCUCUCCGGGUGGUGUAUCGCAUGGGGUUCCGACGGGUCAUCCUGCCGCCAUGAUGCCGCCUCGCCAAAUGCCCGGCAUGAUGCCUCCGUGCCCGCCGAUGCCGUUCCGCCAUCAGCCGUACGGCAACAUGCCGAUGAUGCAUCCGCAUCAAUCAUCGCCUGCCAUGGGCCCCAUGAUGCCGCACCCGCCGCCUGCCAUGGGCAUGCCGGUAUGGGGCCAUCCGACGACCGGGGGAGCGUCGCCGGGCGGUUUUCCGCGGCCGCACAUGUGGGGACAUAUGCAGCAGCAGCAACAGCAGCAGCAGCAGUGUCAGGCACAGCAGCAGCCGCAGCAGCAGAUGCAGCCGCGCGUGGCGGCGUACCCGCCUCCCUCGUGGCUGGCCGUUGAUGGUUCCUCUCCGUGGCACCACUACCCCGCGUUCCCCGCGGGUCCUCCGCCGAUGGACGCGUGGCCCCAUCCCGGCAUGCCAGCGCGCGGAAUGCCUUGCUUCCCCCCGCGCCAGCACCAGCACCCGCUCAGCUACCCCAUGCCGCCCAAUGGCCCUCCCAACGGCGCUGCCAGUGGUCCUCCUGGCAUGGUCUGCGGCGCGCCUGUCUGUCCGCCUAACGGCAUGCCGCCCAACGGCUAUCCGCAUGCCGCCGCGCCUCCCUCCGGAAGCCACGCGAACGGGGCCCCUGCCAUGAUGCCUCCGCCGUCCCCCUUCCUAGGAAUGCCCAUGAUGCCCGGUCUCCCGCACGCGCCCGGUUUCGGCCCCUCCCCGGGGCACGGGUGGGGCAUGGGGGCUAUGCAGUCUGGAGCGGCGGGCGGAGCGGGAGGAGGGGGAGGCGGGGGAGACGGGGGGGCGGGUGUCGCGGCACACGUGGCAGAUGAGGCGAUGCCGAAUCCGAUGUUUCCGCUCUCGGAUGAUCUGACGGUGGACCUUGCUGCGAUUUCAGCUAGCAUCGGGGACGAUUUGCAUGAGUUCACUCAUGUACCAAUUUCCCUUUCCCCCUCUCCCCUCCUCCCCCAUCUCCCCCCCUCCCUCCGCUCCUCCCCACAGGCCAACGACAUUCUAGACGCGGCCAUCAGCGAGGCGCUCACCAACCCCGCCACGCCGCUGCCGCUGGGCCUCAAGCCUCCGUCGCUGGACGGCGUUUUGGACGAGCUCAACCGCCAGGGCAUCCGCAUGCCUGCCUCCACUGCUGCCGCUGCUGCCGCGGCCGCCGCUGGUGCUGCUGGUGCUGGGGAUGUUGUAGCAGCUGACGCAGCUGGCUCGGAUGGCGCACCAGUCGCUUUUGCUGCGUUAGCGGAUGCUGACAUGCUUACUGCAGCUGCUGGGGUUGAUGGUGAUGGUGACGACGAAGGUCUCCUAUCGCUGACGGACUAUCCUGCUGGGCUGUUUUGCUCUGCGGAAGCCAUGGCGGCUGCUGCCUCGUUCCUCAAGGAAGAAGCUGUUUAG